AUGUCGCUCAGCCCCGACCCCUGGGACUCCCUCUACAACGGCAUGCUCCCCUUCCACGAACAUUUCCGACACACUCUAUCCCAAAUCACAACCCUUCUUUCCACCGUUUCCCCCACUUCCCCCUCCAAAUCCAAACUCUCCAACCUCGCCAACCUACUCUACUCCUGCGCUUCUCUCUGUCAAUACCUUGAAACGCACCACACGAUCGAAGAGCGUUAUAUCUUCCCCGUCCUCGCUAAGAAAUUGCCGCAGUUCGGACACUCGAGUCAACAUACAAAGGAGCACGCACAGAUGCAUAAAGCCAUCGAAAACCUGGAGAAGUAUGUAGGGGAAGUGAGCAAGGCGUUACGGAGUGGAAAGGUGAGGGAGGGAGAGUUGGAAGAGGUGUUUGAUUAUGCGAAGAUAAAAAAGUUGGUGGAUGGGUUGAGGGAUGUGUUGUUGCCUCAUUUGGAGGCUGAGGAGGCUAGUUUGAGGGCACCGGUGGUUAAGGCUGCUGGGUUUGAGUUGAGUGAGAUUAGGAAUCUUAUCAGAUAG